AUGUACCAACUACAUCUGGAUUUAACACUAACUUUUGUCUUCAUUUCUAUUUUUUUUGCCAAUGCCACUGAUGAUUCUGGUAACCAUUUGGACGAUGUAGAGAGUCUGAGGAGUUUAAUCUUCGCUCCGGAGACUGGGGAUACAGUAACGGCUCUGGAAUCGUUCCAAUCAACCAUCUGCUCACCUAUAGAUGAGCGACUUCAACGACAGUGCUUCUCGGAACUCCCUAGAGACGAAUACGAGGCUCUUGAGGGGGCCACUGUGAGAAUGAGAUGUCGGGUGUCGAGACAAAGAGGAAAGACUCAAUGGAGAGCUCAUAACACUUUACUAGGAAUAACUUGUCAUGAUAACUUGUUCUCAAUCAUGUCGACAGUAACAGAUCCCAAUAAUUUGGAUAACAAAUUCGUAGUUCAAAAGUAUAUUGAAAGACCUCUUCUCAUAUAUAAAACAAAAUUUGAUAUACGCCAGUGGUUCCUCAUUUCUGAUUGGCAACCUCUAACAAUUUGGUGGUACAAUGAGUGUUAUAUUCGUUUCUGUUGCCGAGAAUUCACCCUGGACAACUUAAGUGAGGACAUUCAUCUUUCAAACAAUGCAAUCACUCAGAAGUAUAAGAAUGCGCAAAGAUCUCCUCUGCUUCCAAUGGAUUACAUGUGGCACUUGGAAGAAUUCCGGCGGUAUUUAGAGUAA